AUGGAGGGCCGAGGCAGGAGCCCCGGCACCAUGCAGGGCCGCAAGACCAACCUCAGCCAGCAUGUCCUGGAGCUGUGUGAUAGCAUCACUCUGCAAGAGCAAGCGCGGAAGCUGUCGCGGCACCGCUGCGAGGAAAAGCUGUGCCGGCAGGGAGAGCUGCUCCCGCCCCUGCGUCAGGCGCUGGCCGAGGACGUGCGCGCCCUGCGCAGUGCCCAGAAGCCCAAGGGAGCUCUGUCCUGCCCACGGCACAAGCUCACCCUCAGCGAGGCUUGCCGAGAGCCAGCCCUGGGCAUCGCUUUGGCCGGACAGACGGCGGAGGUAGCCAAGGAAAAGCUCCAGGCCAAAAUCCACGACCGGGCCAACACCUGCAACAUGCUGCUGUACCAGCUGAGGCAGCGGAGCCAGGUGCGGGACGAGCUGCAGAGGCGGCUGCAGCAGCUGCAGGAGGCUGAGAGGAUGGAAAAGCAGCACCAGGCGCAGAAGAAGGAGAUUCGGCGGCUGCAGAACAACAUCGCCAAGAUGCGCGUGAAAACGCAGGAGGCGCAGAAGAUGACGCGCCUGUACCUGGCGGAGCGGGAUGCCCUGAGGAAGGAGCUGGCCAACCUGCCCCCGCACCUGGACCUCAUGAGCCACACGGCCGAGCUGUACCAGGGUGAGCUGGAAGACAUGGAGCUCCUGGCCUCGGAUACCCUCAGAGCCGCCGCUGCAGCCAAGGCGGACUUGGCCAAGGCAGAAACUCGCUUCCUUGAAGACAGAGAGUGGAUGCAGGAUUCCUUGGCCGCCCAGAGGCGGCUCCAAGCCCAACCCUUGCUCAAGGAAGCCCGACCCAAGUUCAACUUGGACUCGCUGAGCCUGCGCUCACAGGACUCGGUGAUGGCUGCCAACCUGCAGGCAGCCCGGGCCCAGAGGGAGCACAGGGAACGCGUGGCCCGGACGGUGGAAAGAGCCAAGACUGUGACGCAGUCCUCCCACAUCUGGGAGAUCCCCAGCAGGCUCCUGGAAUGGGAGCAGUCCACAGUGUACCUGCAGAAGUAUAUCAAGGAGCUGAAGGAGAAGAAGCAGGCACUGAAGGAGACGCUGAAGGAGCUGGAGCUGAAGCGAGACAGCAUGAAGUUUCAGCCCCCCAACAGAAUCAGGUGCCGCCCGUUGGAGGAGGAGCUGAGGCUAAAAUGGCAGCAGGAAGAGGCUCGGCUGGAGCACAUGCGAGCCCAGACUAAGAAGAACAUGGAGCUCCUGCUUGAGGUUGAAAACGGAGUGGACGACCUCCAGUUCCGCCUGCGCGGCGUCACCGUGCCCGGCCAGGAUGACUCUGCCCAGGCCAUGGGGCUGGUGGAGAAGCUCCAGGCCUGUGGGCAGAAGCUGCAGUACCUGGCACAGCACGUGGCCAACCUGCCCCCCGACAGCUACAGCCGCGACGAGGACAAUGAGACCUUUGUGAAGGUCAGAGAAGUCCUUGAGGAAAGGGCUGCCAAAGACCCCAACAACCUGAAGGUUUCCUUGGAGGGCAGUGGCGGUUCUGCCCGAGACUCCUCCCACCUUGACGACUGUGACGAGCAGGUCCCCACCAGGGCAGACAUCAAGAAGCAGGGGCUGCUCCUGGUCCACAGGAGGAAGAGAAGGGGCUAUUACUAG